UUUGCAUGUUUGAAAUAAAUUAUUUUUAAAGUUGCUUGUUUGCGUCGUGAAAUCUGGCAACACUAGGGACAUUACAACAACAAGGCUGGUGGGUCGAGGUGGACUCGCUGCGAGAGAGUUCAGCAAUCCAAGAACUGAAACCAAAGAGGGGCUUUCUACUGAAAUUGCAGCUUGAGACUCACCAAAUUCUCCUGGCAUUGAGGCAGAUUUUGUAGAAGGGGAACCCAUCCCCUUAAACACUGCAGAAACUGCUUUAGGUCAUUUGCUGAGCUUAGAAUGCCACAGGCUUGAAGGAACCUUUUCCUCAGGAGAGUCCUGAGUUGUGACAAUAAAACAGAGCCCAUCCUGGUAGUAAUAUGAGCCAUGGACCCUGGGGUAGUUGAUAGUCCUGUAACCCUGGUCAUUAAGGCACCCAACCAGAAGUACGAAGAUCAAACCAUUAACUGCUUCCUCAAUUGGACCGUGGAGAAACUGAAGAGUCACAUCUCCAAUGUGUACCCCAGCAAGCCGUUUUCAAAAGACCAGCGAUUGGUGUACUCAGGAAGACUUCUCCAAGACCACCUACAACUCAGAGACGUGCUAAGAAAGCAGGAUGGAUACCACAUGAUGCACCUAGUAUGUACUUCCCAUAGUCCCCCAGGCUCACCCAUGCCAAGAAGCUCUUCUACAGCUAACGGUGCUGCUUCUGACUCCAGUAGUUCAGACAGCACUGGUCCUGCCUCCUCUGCCACAAGACAUAACCAGGAGAGUCAGCUGCCUUCCUCCUCCUCCACAUCUUCUGUGUCUGGAAGUCAUGAUGGUCUGAGAUAUCGCAGUGUCUUUCACCAGUACAGUCCUCAGAACUCCUCUCCCUCUGAUGUCCCUCAGUGGCCGGCUGGAGCUCUGCAAGGUGGCCUUUCUGCCAACAUGUCCCCCCACCCCACAUAUGUGCCCAUGCAGAUGAUGUGGUGGCAGCAGAUGUAUGCACGCCACUACUACAUGCAAUAUCAAGCAGCAGUUGCAGCCUCUCAACCUCCCAUCAACCCCCCUCCCACAACUCCUUCCUCCUUACCUCAACAGCCCCCCCAGCCCGAUGAAACUGUGCAGCCCCCACUUGGACCCAACCCCGCUCACAACCCCCUGCCAGAGAACCCGCCGGCAAACCCAAACAUCCAGAUGAAUGCACAGGGAGGGGCUGUGUUGAAUGACGAUGAACUGAACCGGGAUUGGCUCGACUGGCUGUACACGGUGUCUCGUGCUGGCAUGCUGCUCAGCAUCGUAUACUUCUACUCCUCCUUUAGCCGCUUUGUCAUGGUAGUCGGUGCCAUGCUGCUUGUCUACCUGCACCAGGCUGGUUGGUUUCCCUUCAGACUGGAACAACAGAACAUUCAAGGUGGGGAAAGGGGCAGAGAGGAAGCAGAGAGACAUCAGGAAAUACAGGAAAUGGAGCGGUUGAUGGACGAGGGGAUAGAGGAUGAUGACAGCAGUGAGGAAGGAGGCGGAGGCCAGGAGGACCAGGCUCAGGCUCCUCUCCCCGAGCCAGACUUCCUUACCAUCGCAUGGUCUUUCAUUAGCAAUUUCUUCACCUCUCUCAUCCCUGAGGGACGGCCCCACCCUGCCAAUUAGGCAAGCCCCGCCUCUCUGCCUCCAAAUCACACCUUUAACCACUUCCUGUCAGCACGUCUCCAUACACACUUAGCGAUGCCCAUUCACCUCGUUGCUAUCCUGUGUAUGCUUACCCUAAACAAGAUUGAUAUUUCCCCUGAAUACAGCAAUUAAUCAUUUAUUUCCACUCGGCUGCAAGCGUCCGACAUGCUGCCAACAGACAGACUUGUGCUUUAAGCAGACAACUCUGAAGUUCAAGAGCAAAGGCAUGGUGUCUCACAGAGUACUGAAUAAUGGUGAGUGAGGGGAACUAAUGUGGUUUGUUGUUUGUGGAGUUUAUGCUCCAGCAGUGAAGGUUUUUGUACGUAUGGUCAGAUGGAGCUGUCUUCCAUAUUAAGAAGUUAUUAGGUUGUACUUUUAACACUAGUCUAAGUACAGGUGGGAACCACGUCACAAAAAACGGCAUAUUAUUGACUUUGAAAAGAAAAAGACAAGAUUUCUUAAUCUGUGAAAAAUAACAUCAGUAAUACCAUUUUAAUGUAUGUAAACAGUGUGUAUAUACCAGUAGAUGCUGCAGCUACUGAAACACAUUGAUUUCCCCUUUGUGUGUUUGAACAUCAUUUAUUUAUACAUGUAAGUACAUGCAUCUUUCCUGAAUAUAUGCUUUUUUCAUUAAAAAAAAAUCUUGCUGCAGGUUAUGUAGUUCUUUUUAUGUCCAGCAGGUGGUGCCGCACAUGGCUUGUAAAGUAGCUGAGAGUAACUGACUGAACAUCUUGUAUUGGAGGUCCUUAAAUAUUUUUGUUUCUCCACUGUUUCAGUGCUGUAAUUGCAUUGCUAAAAAGUAAAUGUAUACUGCCACAGAAACUACACAUUUUCACAUUUUAUUUUGAAAUGCCAUUGUCUCAUCAACAGCUUCCAUAUUUGAGCCAUGGAUGUUGUUUUUGCUCGAGUGUCGUUUGGCAUUCAGUUUCUUUUUCUUCAGCUCUUUCUGACAAAUGCUAAGCAUUUAUAGUGGAGGUUACAGAUUUACCAGAUUCUAAAUGUCUGAAUUAAAGGAAAUAUUAAUAAAUGUAUGCGUCUGG